GUCGGGUAAAGCACAGAUGCUAGUUUAUUUUUAAAUUUUUGUAUAUGACAUUCUUAUGGUAACUAAUAUAUAAGUACAUGGGUAUGUAUUAGUCCGGAAACUUCGCGAAACUUUUCUUAUGUAUUUCGAAUUUCUCCUUAUUUCAUUGACAUAGCUACAUUUUGAAGGUUUAGGACAUACAAUAAUUGUUGCUGAAUUAAGAUGAAGUUUUGCUUAACGCAUUCUCCUUAAAUGUGGUAUGGAAUUGGAGUAUAAUUGCUCAGGUUAUUGAGUACAUAUCCCGAAUGGGGCGAUCGACACUGACCGCUAAUAUUAUUAGCCGUAACAUACAGACACACUUAACUGUGCACAAGUUUUCAAUACAAGCUGUUUCAAACACCUUUCUAAGAUUUGCUGUUGCGUUACGUAUUUGACGUUUCUGAAUGUGUUCACUAGCAAACGCAGUUGCUUACGAGCAUUUAACACGAUCGCUGUUCGACAGGUUUUUUUUUUAUCGUUGCGAAGCGGUGACUGCGGCAGCGGCGGCGACGGCUACUGUGAUUGUUGCUGGCGUUGUGCUCAAUUGACUCGGCUGCCGCCGUCAACUCUGCUGCGAUCGUUAUUGUCGCUGCUGGCAGUUAGUUUAAAAUGAGAGGUCCUAACGCGUUAUUGUCAUUUGGCGGGCUACAGUCUGGCUUGAAGAAACGUCAAAAUUAUUAAUUCGUAAAUCGACUAGGUUAAAUUCGUAUAUACGGUUUGAAAGUGUCGAAAUUGCCUUAAAGCUUAUUGUACGACAAAAAGACUUUACGGCCAAAAAGUUCGUGUUUUUUAACAAACAAAAUAUGGUGUUUGAAUAUCGCCAAGCAGUGUAAAUAAUUAUCUAAAAGUAACAUUUGGCGGAGCACAAUAAGAUAGAAUAUUUUAUGAGACGUUAAGACGUUUGUCAAGCCAAAUAAUAAUAAUUCCAUACCGUAUUUAUAAAGUAAAUAACGGUUCGUGAGAAAAGCUAAAUAUAGCGUAAUAACAAUAAAGAUAAUUAAGUGAAUUGUCACAGUGUACUUGAUAGCAAUAUGGAGAAAAGGUAUCUGCAUUUGUUAACUUUUUUGUGCAUCUUCACGCUGAGCGUCUGUGUGCCAACACGCCCACCUUUGGAAUCAAAAGGACGAAAAUUUCCUCACGACUUCAUUUGGGGCAUCGGUACGUCCUCAUAUCAAAUUGAGGGUGGUUGGAAUGCAUCUGGUAAAGGAGAGUCAAUAUGGGAUCAUCUAACACACACUUACCCGGAAAAAAUUGCUGAUCAGUCAAAUGGUGAUAUUUCUUCUGAUAGUUAUCAUCAGUGGCCUCGCGAUGUACAAAUGGUGCGUGACUUAAACGUACAUGUGUAUCGAUUUUCGAUAUCGUGGACCCGCAUCAUGCCUGGGGGUUAUAUGAAUGAGGUAAACAGUGAAGGUAUUCGCUACUACAGUGAUCUGAUUAACGAGCUUCUGCACUAUAAUAUCACACCAAUGGUCACAAUCUAUCACUGGGAUCUACCACAACGUUUACAAGAAUUGGGUGGUUGGACCAAUCCGGAAAUUAUACCUGUAUUCAAAGAUUAUGCGCGUCUACUGUUCGAGAUGUAUGGCGAUCGUGUUAAGAUUUGGACAACGAUCAAUGAACCUUGGCAUAUAUGUGAAUUCGGUUAUGGUGCUGAUUAUAUGGCGCCCUCGUAUAAUUACCCUGGAAUUCCGAAUUAUCUCUGUGGACACAAUUUACUGAAGACACAUGCCGAAGUAGUGCAUAUGUACCGUGAGAAUUAUCAGGAACCACAGAAGGGUAAAAUCGGUAUUACUAUGGACACAUCGUGGAUGGAACCAAAAACUGAUUCGGAGGAUGAUCGUGAAGCAUCCGAACGUGCUAUGCAAUUUUAUUUGGGAUGGUUUGCACAUCCGAUAUUUUCGAAACGUGGCAACUAUCCGCAAAUCAUGUUCGACCGCAUACGCAAUUUGAGCAAAGAGCAGGGUUUCACUCGUUCACGUUUGCCGGAAUUCACAGAUGAAGAAGUGAUUCGUAUACGCGGAACUGCGGAUUUCUUUGGUAUAAAUUCGUACACAUCUAAACUAGUGACGAAAAACGAUCAUAACAAUACUGUUAAUUUUCCCACACCAUCAUUCAAUCACGAUAUGGGCGUUGUCGAAGAUCAAGAUCCGAACUGGACUGGUUCAGGUUCGUUGUGGUUGAAGGUCGUUCCUAAAGGCAUGUACAAUUUAAUCAUGUGGAUCAUGCGAGAAUAUGAUAAUCCUCCUAUAAUUGUGACUGAAAAUGGCGUAAGCGACCGAGGCGGUCUUGAAGAUUAUUCACGCGUUGAUUAUUUGAACUCUUAUCUAUCAGCCAUUUUGGAUGCCAUUGAAGACGGAGCAAAUGUACAGGGCUACACUUAUUGGAGCUUGAUGGAUAGCUAUGAGUGGAAAGUUGGCUAUACUGAAAAAUUCGGUCUCUACCACGUCGACUUCAAUCAUCCGAACCGUACACGUACGCCGAAGAUCGCAGCCAAAGUAUAUGCGCAAAUUUGCAAGACCAACACGAUCGAUUGGAGCUAUCGGCCAACAUUGGAUGAAUCCCAAAUUAAUGCGAUGGCACAGCUACCCGAAGUUGAGGGCGUUAGCGAUUCUAAAUCGAGUGCGAGUACUACAUUCAACACAUUAAUCGGUCGAAGUUGGCAUAGCAUAACGUUACUCUUCUUAAUUGUAAAUUACUUAUUACGAAUAUAAGUUUUCGUCCUCGUAGUUAAUGUUGUCUUAAGGUGUGUUUUGUAAAUACGGAUGUAUAUAGUAUUUAAUUAUCUCGUAAGUUAAUGACCAAAGUAUUAUAUUAUUUAUUUAAUAUUUCAUACUAUUAAAGAAUAUUUCUGGUUUUUAAAUUAAA